CCUUGGUCACCGGCCCCGGCCUGGGACAGUAAACUGACAAUGCCAUCCUCCAUCACCUGGGGCCUCCUCCUGCUGGCAGGCCUGUGCUGCCUGGUACCCCGAUCCCUGGCUGAGGGUCUCCAGGGAGACGCUGUCCAGGAGACGGAUGAUCCUGAGCACCAGCCAGCCUGCCACAAGAUUGCCCCCAACCUGGCUGACUUUGCCUUCAGCUUGUACCGCCAGGUGGCCCAAGAGUCCAAUACCACCAACAUCUUCUUCUCCCCCGUGAGCAUCGCUACAGCCUUUGCGAUGCUCUCUCUGGGCACCAAGGGGGACACCCACACCCAGAUCAUGCAAGGCCUCGGUUUCAACCUCACUGAGAGAGCAGAGAGGGAAGUCCACCAAGGCUUCCAUCAACUCCUCAGCAUCCUCAACCAGCCAGACAACCAGCUGCAGCUGACCACCGGCAGCGGUCUGUUCAUCAACGACACCAUAAAGCUACUGAAUAAGUUUUUAGAGGAUGUCAGGAACCUGUACCACUCAGAAGCCUUCACCAUCAACUUCAGGCACACUGAAGAGGCCAAGAAACAGAUCAACAAUUAUGUAGAGAAGGGAACCCAAGGAAAAAUUGUGGAUUUGGUCAAAGAUCUUGACGAAGACACAGUUUUCGCUCUGGUGAAUUACAUUUUCUUUAAAGGCAAAUGGGAGAAGCCUUUCGAGGUGGAGCAUACCACGGAGGAGGACUUCCACGUGGAUGAGCACACCACGGUCAAGGUGCCCAUGAUGAGCCGCCUGGGCAUGUUCGACAUCCAGCACUGUGCCACGCUCUCCAGCUGGGUGCUGCUCAUGGAGUACGUGGGCAACGCCACCGCCUUCUUCAUCCUGCCCGACGAGGGCAAAAUGCAGCACCUGGAGAGCAAGCUGACCAAGGAGGUCCUGGCCAAGUUCCUGGAAAAGAGAUACGCCAGGUCUGCCAGUUUGCGCUUGCCCAAACUGUCCAUCUCUGGAACCUACGAUCUGAAAAGCGUCCUGAGCAAAAUGGGCAUCACCAAGGUCUUCAGCGCCGAGGCUGACCUCUCUGGGAUCACUGAGGAAGGGCCCUUGAUGCUGUCCAAGGGGCUGCACAAGGCCGUGCUGACCAUCGACGAGAAAGGGACUGAAGCUGCGGGAGCCACCUUUCUGGAAGCCAUCCCCAUGUCCAUGCCGCCCAGUGUCGACUUCAACAAGCCUUUCCUCAUCAUCAUCGUCGACAGAGACACCAAGAGUCCCCUCUUCAUGGGAAAGGUGGUGAACCCCACCCAAAAGUAACUGCCUUGUGGGUCAGGUCCCUUCCAGAUACCAUUAAAGAGUGACCCACCCCAGGCUCCAGUG